AUGCGGUCGAGUCGAAUGGCCGCCGCCGCAUCUGUCGCUGCCACGGCUGUCUUCGUCAAUGCCUACGAUCCCGCCGCGGUUUCCAUUCCCUACGGCGACUGGCUUGGCAUUGAUGGCAACUGGUCAACCGUUCGCUUUCUCUUAGGUACCGAAUCAGACCUCGUAAAUAUCAUACCCAGUACUUCUCUGUCAGAGCUAUGGGCAGUCGGCCCGGGUGGUUGCCAAAGUAAAGAGCAACAUUGCAUGACUGCGCGGGGUGGUAUUUACACGCCUGGCGACUCAAAGCGAUGGACUUCAUGGGGACAGUACUUUCUCGGCCUCGAGUACUUGGGCUACGGAGGCAACGGCGCCUAUGGCAUCGACAACAUCAACACCUGGAGUCCCUUCACCAAUAUUGCUUUCGGCAUGAGCAGCGUUCUUGUUGCCGCAUACAACACAACCGAUUAUUUCAACGGUCUAUUUGGUCUCGGGAUAUCUCAGGGUCGCUUCAAGGGGAAUAUUGGCGAGUCGGCUCUCACCCAAGCUGUGAAGACGUUUGGCUGGAUUCCCAGCUACAGCUAUGGCUAUACUGCUGGAGCGAGCUACAAGAAUAUGCCCGGUUCCUUGACGCUCGGUGGUUUCGAUUCCGCACGCCUUGUUGACCACGACACUCUCUUCACCAUCACACAAUCAGACAAUUCGCCUCGCGUCAACGUUCGCAGUAUCAACGUGUUCAAUGAUCGCAAGCCCCAUGGAUGGGACUCAUCCAUCAACAAAUUGUCUAGUUACAACGAUACCUUCAUGGCCCUCGUCGAUAGCACUACACCUUAUCUGUGGUUGCCCGAAAGCAUCUGCGAGUCGUUCGCAUCCGCCCUCAACCUCACCUACAACGACACAUACAAAUUAUACACGUUAACCAACACCCAGUAUCAAGACUAUUCCACCUCCAACGCUUACUCGUUUACUUUCAGUCUUGCCAGCAUUGACAACAAUGACAACUUCGGUCUUCCUCUUAGUGCUCCCGGAGUUGUCAACAUUACCGUUCCCAUCAAGGCUUUCGUCGGUUCCCUCCAAUACCCUUUUGCCAAGGAGGCCAUCAAGUAUGGACAGCCCGCUGUGCCUUACUUUAUGCUCCGUAAAGCUACGAAUAGCAGCAGUAUCAUCAUUGGCCGCUCUUUUCUACAAGAAGCUUACAUUCGCACAAAAUUCGACUCUGGCGUCUUCAGCCUGCACCAGGCAGCCUUUCCACGUGAUCCCGAUACUGAUAUCAAAUUGAAUCUCAUCAAGCAACCGAGCAACAGCCCGUACCCACGACCUCCACCUACCAAGGAUCAUCACGGUCUGACAACACCUCAGAUGAUUGGAAUCGCCGUUGGUGUCGUUGCCUUUUGCACCCUGCUCCUGGCCGCACUUUGUUUCUGGAAUCGUCGCCGCAAGCAGAAGAAGCACGGCGAGACCGCCGCCAAGGAAGCCGAGUCACAAGACAGUUCGUCAACUAUUUCUCCUGAAUCUCCCAUGACUCCAGUCUCUCGCAUUCUGUCGAAAAUUGUUCGCAGGAAGCGUUCAAGACGCACAACCACCACAACUAGAACGAGUGCUCCUACGGAGGCACCCGCUUCGGAGAUAUACGAGCUGCCGGCACCGUUACCUCCAGCUGAGCUUGCCGCUCACAACGAGGAUGAUGACUCUGUUUUGGGUGGCACAGUGGCAGGAACCGACGACUCGCAGAACCUUAGCGCUUACGAGCUCGCCAGACGCAAGCUUGCUCGACAGCUAGCAGGACCUGUCCCGGCCUAUGCGCCUCCAGAGAAUGGUAUUGUGCCAGCUGAAAAAGACAUGCACAUUGAUACAAACGUAGUUCGGACUACAACCAUUCCCCACCCGCAACCUACAUACCACUUCCAUAACGUAUCUCCAGUGCGGUCACACGAGGGUCUAGGGACCAACUCUCUGCCAGGCACUCUACCUUCGCCGGUUUCUCCUCGCACCGACUGGAACACCAACGACCUGCCAUCGCCCAUCACUGCAUCGCUGCACCCGAACUCAGCUUCUUCGCAGUCUGGCUCUACAGGUAGACGUCGCGCAGGCUCCAACACGAUGAAUGGCACAUCAAGCGAAUAUGGCAGUGCAAGGCGGUCCGACUCCAACUCCUCAUCAAACUCAAACGGCCAAGAGCAGAGCCGCGAGAGAAAAGUUUCCUUUCCGCUCCCACAAGCAUCUUUCCAAAGAACACCCAUCGAACCCUCGAAAGUCGUGUGCCUUGGUCCUCUUCCAGAAAAUGUCUCCUUGUUCAAGCAGCAGAUGUUACCCAGUGCAUCUGCAACACGUGAACAAUCGUGGACUGGACCAGCUCACCAUUCACAUCACCGACCCUCAACAGGCAGCCUCGGCAGCAAUUACACGGACGAGGAGGACGCCAUGGUGGAAGAAUUGACGCGUCAAUCCACGUCUGUCUCGCGUUCGCUGGGCUCACAAAAUGUCAAUCGACCGCCAGCCCUUGUUGAUCCCCUCAUCCGUACCGUUUUGCCCGAGCGAACGGAAGAAGAAAACGUUUCGCCUACAAGCGACAAGAGUGGCGCUGGUUCACAUAGCAGCGGCGGGCGCAUCGGCGGUGGCGAUCUCAUUCACGUUCCACAGAUGGCGGAGAAGCGCUACAGCUGGGAAGAAGAAUGA